AUGUCAACCCAGUCGUACUACAAGGAUCGCCUGGGGUUCGAUCCUCGCGAAGCCCUGUACGAUAACAACAACAGCGGCUACGGCUACGAGGAUGCGCUCACGCAGUUCAAAGACGAACGAGAUGCCAUACAGAAGAAAACUUUCACAAAGUGGGUCAACAAACAUCUGAAAAAGGCCAGCCGCCGUGUCGAUGACCUGUUUGAAGAUCUGCGCGAUGGACACAAUCUUCUUUCUCUCUUGGAAGUAUUAUCUGGCGAACACCUUCCAAGGGAGAAAGGAAAAAUGCGCUUCCAUAUGCUGCAGAACGCGCAGAUGGCACUGGACUUUCUGCGGUACAAAAAAAUCAAAUUAGUCAACAUCCGGGCGGAGGACAUUGUCGACGGCAACCCGAAGCUGACGCUUGGCCUGAUAUGGACCAUCAUUCUGCACUUCCAGAUUUCCGACAUUGUCGUUGGGCAAGAGGAUAAUCUCACGGCGCGCGAAGCGUUGCUGCGAUGGGCCCGCCGCUCGACGGCCAAAUACCCGGGUGUACGGGUAAACGACUUCACCGGCUCGUGGCGCGACGGGCUGGCGUUCUCCGCGCUGAUCCACCGGAACCGGCCCGAUCUGAUCGACUGGCGAGAAUCACGAUCGCGGCGACCGAGGGAGCGGCUCGAGGUGGCCUUCCACGUGGUCGAAAAGGAGUACGGCGUUACGCGGCUGCUCGAUCCGGAAGAUGUGGACACGAACGAACCGGAUGAGAAGUCGAUGAUAACCUAUCUGAGCUCGCUGUACGAUGUGUUCCCGGAGCCACCGCAGAUGCACCCGCUGUUCGACAUGGACUCCCAGCGGCGGGUGCAGGAGUACCGCGAACAGGCGCAAACCCUACUGUACUGGUGCCGCGAGAAGACCUCGCUGCUGCAGGAGCGUGCCUUCCCGACCACGCUGAUCGAGCUUAAGCGCCUGCUGUCCGACCUGAACCGGUUCCGUACCGAAGAGGUUCCGCCACGGCAACGCGACAAACAGCACCUGUUCUCCAUCUACAAGGAGCUGGAGAAGUACUUCGAGUCGAUCGGCGAGGUGGACGUCGAGACGGAAUUGCGUCCGGAGGCGCUCGAGAAGGCCUGGCACCGGCUGAUGUCGGCGCUCGCCGACCGCGACAUGAUCCUACAGCAGGAAGUGCAGCGGCUCGAGCGACUGCAGAAGCUGGCCGAGAAGGUGCAGCGCGAGUACAAGCACACCGAGACGAUCAUCACGAAGACCGAAACACGAAUCUCAGAGGAGAGCCGGCGGAUCGAGCGGUUGCAUCCGGUCGAGGCGAAGAACAUCGUCGAGGGUCUCGAGGCUGACAUCCGCCAUCUGGAGCAGCCGCUGCGGGAGAUGAACGACGACUGUCACAACCUGAAAGACGGCCGCUACCCGCAGGCCAACGACCUGCACAAAAAGGUCACCAAGCUACAUCAACGUUGGUCGCAGCUGCGAACCACAUUCCACACUAGCCUAGUACAAAAGCUGUCCGGGCUCAGCUACCCGGUGCAGGAGACGACGAUAACGAAGGAAACGCGCGUCGUGACCGAAACACGACAGAUCGGGACGAACCCUUACUUCCGCGAUCUGCAGGAGUACACCGAAUGGUGCCAAACGAAAUUGAAACAUCUUCACAGCGCUGACUACGGGUCUGAUCUGCCGUCGGCCAAAGUGGAACUGGAGCGCCACCAGCACGAGCACAAAGUGAUCGAUCAGUUCCACUCUAAAAUUGCACAGUGCGAGCGCCACGUGUCCAACUUCAGCGGCGAAGAGCAGCAGCUGUACCGCCAGCGGCUGAGCCAGCUGCAGAAGGUGUACGCCGAGCUACUCAGCACCUCGACCAAGCGGCUCUCGGACCUGGACGCGCUCGUCGACUUCCUGACGACGGCCACGGCCGAGCUGAGCUGGCUGAACGAUCGCGAACAGAUCGAGGUGAGCCGCGACUGGGCGGACAAGAACCUGGACCUCUCCGCGGUGCAUCGGUACUAUGAGAAUCUCAUGUCCGAGCUGGAGAAGCGCGAGAUGCACUUCGCAACGAUCCUCGACCGGGGUGAAGCGCUCCUCGUCCAGUCGCACCCGGCCUCGAAAUGUAUCGAAGGCCAUCUGCAGGCCCUGCAGUCGCAGUGGUCUUGGUUGUUGCAGCUGACACUGUGCCUGGAGGUGCACCUGAAGCACGCCACCGACUACCACUCGUUUUUCGACGAGGUACGCGAAGCCGAGAGCUGGCUAACGAAGCGUGACGAGAUCCUGAACAGCAAGUACUCGCAGUCGGAGUUCACGCUCGAUCAGGGCGAGGCUCUGCUGCGCGGCAUGCAGGACAUUCGGGAGGAGCUGAACGCGUUCGGCGAAACGAUAGCGCAGCUGCAACACCAGGCGACCGCAGUGGUGCCCCUGAAGCAGCGCAAACAGCCUGUCAACCGCCAGUGUACCGUGCAGUCGAUCUGCUCCUACAAGCAGGGCAACAUUUCGCUGGACAAAAACGAAAGCUGCACCCUGCUCGACACGUCCGGGCGCGUGAAGUGGCGCGUGAAAACGGCGAAGGGUGUCGAGGGUUCCGUCCACGGGGUGUGCCUGCUGUUGCCGCCGCCCGACCAGGAAGCGAUUGAAGCGGCCGAUCGGCUCAAGCGCCUGUUCGACCGGUCUGUGGCGCUGUGGCAGAAGAAACAGCUGCGCCUGCGCCAGAACAUGAUCUUCGCUACGAUCAAGGUGGUGAAGGGCUGGGAUUUCGAGCAGUUCCUGGCGAUGGGCGCCGAGCAGCGGACCGCCAUCCGGCGGGCACUGAAUGACGACGCCGACAAGCUGCUGGCCGAGGGUGACCCGGCCGAUCCGCAGCUGCGACGGCUGCGUCGCGAGAUGGACGAAGUCAAUCGGUUGUUUGAUGAAUUCGAGAAACGUGCCAGAGCGGAAGAGGAGAGUAAACAAGCGAGCCGCAUCUUUACCGAGCAAUGCAUUUCACUGAAGACGCGCCUCGAAGAAAUGGCCCGCGAGCUCGACCACAUCAUCCUGUCUCCAAUGCCGCGCGAUCUCGACUCGCUCGAGCACACGGUGCAAAUCCUGGAGGACUACAAGCGGCGCCUCGGCUGUCUCGAACCGGACCUAAAACACCUCCAGGAAACGUUCCGCACGAUCACGCUGAAGACGCCGGCCCUGAAGAAGAGCCUGGACAAUCUGAUGGAUCUGUGGAAAGAGCUGAACACUCAGGCCGUCCUGCACGGCGACCGGUUGAAGCUGCUCGAAGGUGCCUUGGCGGGGCUGGAAGACAACGAACAGGUCAUUUCCGAUCUGGAAGGCCGACUGUCCCGCCAGCUGGAGCUACCGUCGACGCAGGAAGGCCUGUACGAGGUGUACAAGCGGUUGACCGCGAUCCAGGAGACCAUCUCGAACCAACAGUCCGAGAUGGACAAGAUGAACGACUCGGCUGACCAGCUCGGCCGCAUGGGCGUACCGACGAAGGUGCUGGGUGACCUGAAGCGCCUCCACUCGAACGUGGAACGUCUGAACACUCGUUGGAACAACCUCUGCGGGCAGCUCGCUGAUCGGAUGCGAAGCGUUGAGACGGCAAUCGGAUUGAUGAAAAACUUGCAAACCAGCAUUGUCGUGGAGGAGACUUGGGUGGAGAAACAGACGGAAAAGCUGCAGGCUCUUCCGACGGCGACAUCCGCGCGGGAGCUCGAUCAAGCGGUGAUCGAGAAAUUCGCUCUCUGUGAGGACCACCUGGCCAAGCUCUUGGAAUGGAUCACGCGAGUUGAACAGGACAUUGCCGCCGUCGGUGGACCCAAGGAACGGGUCGAUGAUCUUCGCAAUCAGAUCAACUCGUUGAAGCAAAUUAAGGAGGACAUCGACGCCCAGAGUCGCCCGGUCGCUUCCUGCCUGGAUCAGGUUCGUCAGCUGGUGCUGACCGGUGGCGAUGUACUCAGCGCCCCCGAAGUGGCGGCCCUCGAAACGUCUGGCCGUGAACUGCGCUCCCGGGUCGAUAAGGCACAGGACCGCACCGGAAAGCUGCUUCGUCGGCUGGGUGCGGCCCGGGACGAACUCGGCAAACUGCGCACCGAACUCGACACGUUCUCCGGAUGGUUGCAGUCGUCGCGCCGCACACUCGAGGAGAAAGAAAGCACCCUGUCCGAUCUGCACAAUCUGCCGUCGCAGUCGGACACGGUGAAGGAGUUCCACAGUGACGUGAUAGCGCACCAAGCGGACCUGCGGUUCAUCACGAUGUCAGCGCAAAAGUUCGUCGACGAAUGCAAGGACUACCUGGCGGUGCUGAACGACUUCCGCACGACGCUGCCGGACCGUCUGCCGCACAUCGAACAGGUCUCGAGCUCGGACAGCCCGAUCCGCCAGGAGGUGUCGCUCGUCACGGCCCAGUACCGUGACCUGCUGAACCGGGCCAACGCGCUGCUGGACCGACUCGCUGGGCUCGGAAGUCGCCAGCGAGACUACCAGGAGGCGCUGGACAAGGUGCGCGCCUGGUUGCGCGAUGUGCAGCCGCGCGUCGGUGCCGUGCUGUCGGACCCGAUCGCGGCCGAUCCGCAGGCGGUGCAGGAUCAGAUGAACCAAACAAAGGCCCUGCAGAGCGAGUUCCUGUCGCAGGGCCGCCUGAUCGACAACGUGCAGUACAGCUUGGACUCGCUGCUGAAGUCGCUCGCCGGUCGGCUAAGCCCGUCGGAGGUCAGCCUGCUCGAGGUGCCGGUCGAAGAGGUGAAAGACAAAUACACCCAGCUCCUGGAAGCGCUCGGUGAUCGUUCGAAGCUGCUCGACACGGCCCUGGUACAAUCGCAGGGCGUCCAGGAUGCACUCGACGGGCUGGCCGUUUGGAUCAACCAGUCGGAGGAGAAAUUCAAGAUGCAAAACCGUCCCGCCUCCCUCAUCAAGGACCGCCUGACGGAGCAGGUGCGCGAGCACCGGGGCUUGCUGAACGAUCUGGAGUCGCACCGAACGAGCCUGGAGAGUGUGACACUGUCGGCGCAAGAGCUGACCGCUACUCCGUCCAACGCGCGUCUUGCGAAACGCAUCGAGAGCAACCUGAGCGACGUUACUGGGCGAUUCGAGAAGCUGCUCGACAAGGCGCUCAAGCGGGGCGAGUUCCUCGAGGAUACGCUCGCGCAGUUAACCAAGUUUAUGAACGAUUCGUCCACCCUGGAGCACGAGCUAACGGCACUGAAUGAAGCGCUGGAGGGACGCGAGCUGGUGUCACUGCCGGCCGAAGUCCUGGCGCAGCGUAUGGUGGAACUGUCCCGGCUGAAAGAGAAGCUUCGCCCGCAGUACGAGAGCACCGUCCGGUUGGGCAAGGAGCUCGUCGCCAAACGGGACGUGACCGAUAGCGGUGUGGUGCGCGAUCGAGUGAAGGCCCUCGAGAACCUCUGGAAGACGAUGGACACGACGCUGGAGGAGAAGCUGAAGCUAUCGAAGCAGAAAGCCGAACAGCUGCACGCGUACGAGGAUCUAAAGGAGCAGGUGCUCAGUUGGUUGACCAGCAUCGAAACACGCACAAACAACCUGGCUCCGGUGGCGGUCGAUGUCGAAGCGAUCAAGUACCAGAUCGAAGAGUUGCGCCCGCUGGUGAAAGAGCACCGCGAGUACGGCGCUACGAUCGACCGGGUGAACGACCUCGGCGCACAGUACGACGCCCUGAUUCGCCCGGACAGUCCGACUCGCAAACGUUCGGUUUACAGCCCGAUCAAGCGCGUCAGCCCGAUGCGACGGUUGUCCGGAGACGCGCGAUCACCCAGCCCAACCAAGGGCGGCGGACCGUCGCCCCUGUCGCCUGCGAGCGGAUCGAGUGGGUUCGGUAGCCGGCGGUCGUCGCAAGACGCCUUCCACCUAACCGACCUGACGCCGAUCCAGCAGCAGCUGACGGAGAUCAACAACCGGUACGGUCUGAUCGGUGCCCGGUUGAACGAUCGCCAGAAUGAGCUCGACUCGGUGCGCGACGAGGUGCGCAAGCACCAGGAUAACCUGCGUACGCUGGCCGCUUUCCUCGACAAGAUUCACCGGCAGGUGCCGCGCGACGUGAUCGGCAACCGGGACGAGGCUGACCGAUGCCACAAACAAGCCCGUAAAAUCCUCGAGGAGAUGUACGAACGCCAGAGUCUGCUCGACUCGACCCGGGCCCAGGUGAAGGACCUGCUGAAGCGCAAACCGGACGUACAGGGCGCGGAGCGACUGCGCUCGGAGCUAGAGACCGUCGCCGACCGGUGGAAGAACCUGAACGAUCUGUGCAAGGAUCGCAUCACCUUCUCGGAGCAGCUGCGCGACUUCCUUGACACGCACGACAACCUCACCGGCUGGCUGGCGGCCAAGGAGCGUAUGCUAACGGUGCUCGGCCCAAUCUCGUCCGAUCCGCGCAUGGUCCAGAGCCAGGUACAACAGGUGCAGGUCCUUCGCGAAGAGUUCCGCGGCCAGCAACCACAGCUCGCGCAUCUGCAGGAAGUGGGCAACGCGGUGCUGGAGCACUUGCGCGAAUCGUCCCCCGAGGGGCAGGCCGUAUCGAGCAAGCUGCGCACGGUGCAGAAGAAGUGGGAUGAACUGGUGGCCCGACUGGACGAGAGAGCCCAAAGCCUCGGGGCGGCCGCCGACAGCUCGAAGGAGUUCGACGCUGGCCUCAACCGUCUGCGGGAAGCGCUGCAGACUAUCAGCGACAAUCUGGAUGGACUACCGACCGACCGCGAUCAUCAGGAAACGCUGCGGAAGAUUGAGAACCUCGAACGACAGCUCGAGGGUCAGCGUCCGCUGCUGGCAGAUUCGGAAGCCGCUGCGGAAACUCUGUGCCGUGUGCUAAGCGAUCCGGCUUCCCGAGCCGAUGUUAAUGCGCGAGUCGCCGCGGUCGGCAAACAGUACCAGACGCUCCAGAAGAAACUCGAUCUGCGCAAAGCCGAAACGGAUGCGGCACUGCGCGACGGGCGCCAGUUUGCGGAGACGUGCGCGAAAACGCUCGGCUGGCUGUCGGGUGAGCUGGGCAAUCUGACCGAUCGGUUGCUGGUGUCCGCCCAUCGGCCGACCCUCCAGCACCAGCUCGACACGCACGAGCCGGUGUACCGGGAGGUGAUGGCCCGCGAACACGAGGUUAUUAUGCUGCUGAACAAGGGCCGUGAGUUGCAGGAGAAACCCGGUCACGUCACCGACCGGGCCGUGCAGCGCGAUCUGGAGAAAAUCUCGCAACAGUGGGACCGGCUCCGGUCGGCCGCAGUCGAUCGGCACUCGCGGCUACAGACGUGCAUGGAGCACUGCAAGAAGCACGCGGCUGCCUCGGAGACGUUCCUUGCAUGGCUGCGCAGCGCGGAAGAUAAGCUAGCGACACUGAAGCCGGGACUGCUGAAGAAGCAGGCACUCGACGGGCAACUGCGCGAGCUGCAAACGUUCCGCAGUGAUGUGUGGAAGCGCUCCGGAGAGUACGAGACGUGCCGCUCGCUCGGCGAGACCUUCCUCGGGGCGUGCGACGUCGAUAAGGAGGCGAUCAAGGCCGAACUGCAGGACACGAAGGAUCGCUGGGAGCGGCUCAACAAUGAACUGCUCGCCCGGGCGCAAACUCUGGAAACGUGCGCGAAGCGUUUGGGAGACUUCAACGAGGAGCUGCGCGAUCUCGAUCAUGCCGUCGGCCGGUGUGAGGAUCGCCUGGCAGCCCACGAUGCGCUCGGCGGAGCAGCCAAGGAUCCGAAGCUACUGGAACGGGUCCGGGCCAUCAAGGACGAUGCGAGUGCUCUGCGGAAACCGCUCCAAUCGGUUCGGAAGCUAGCGGGUGAAAUCGCUGGAGAAGCACGGGCCGCCGGCGGUGAUGCCGAUCACCUCAAGUCGGAAGUGGACGGAGUGGCGGAUCGCAUCGAGGAUCUGCACGCCCGGCUGGACGAUCGUUGCGGUGAGCUUCAGUCGGCCGCGACGGCCGUCUCCCAGUUCAACGACAAGGUGAAAGCGCUCGGAGUGGAUCUGGGUGAACUGGAGAGCCAGGUCGACUCGCUGAGCCCACCGGCGCGCGAGAUCAAGCUCGUCGUGCAGCAGCUCGACGAGGUGGCCGGCAUACUAACUAAGAUUGAUCGCGCAGGUGUACAGGUCGGCGAGGUAGAACGAGCCGGCGAACAGCUCGUGGAUUGUGGCUUUGCGCCUGAUACGGCCCAAACGCGCGACCAGAUCGGCGCACUGCGGAAGCAGCUGGGUCGGUUGGAGAAUCGUGCACGCGAUCACGACGAUGCCCUACAGCGAGCCCUCAAGGCGCUGGAGAAGUUCUACGAUCUACAUCAGCUGACACUAGAGGACCUCUCGGAGGUGAGCGGCGAGCUGAAGAAGAUGAAACCGGUCAGCUCGGAGCUGGAACAGAUCCGCCACCAGCAGGAUGACUUCCGGCGGUUCCGGCAGCGCGUCGUGGAACCGCUCACCGGCAAGAUUGACGAGAUCAAUCGGCUGGGCCAGGAGCUGAUCCGGUCGGCGCAGGGUGGCGUCCCGACGGCAAUCCUCGAGAAGGACCUGGAGAAGAUCAACGAGCGAUGGAACGAGCUGAAGGAGCGCAUGAACGAGCGGGACCGUCGGUUGGACGUGGGCUUACUGCAGUCCGGCAAAUUCCAGGAAGCGCUCGACGGGCUGUCCAAGUGGCUGAAGGACACGGAGGAGAUGGUCGCCAACCAGAAGCCCCCGAGUGCGGACUACAAGGUCGUGAAGGCGCAACUGCAGGAGCAAAAGUUUCUCACCAAGAUGCUGAUGGACCGGCAGAACUCGAUGUCGUCGUUGUUCCAGCUGGGCCAGGAGGUAGCCGCCGGGUGUGAUGCGUCCGAGAAGGCCGCCAUCGAGCGGCAGCUGAAGGAGCUGAUGCGUCGGUUUGACGAUCUGACCGAUGCGGCCACCCGGCGCACGCUCGACCUCGAGCAGGCGAUGCACGUGGCGAAGCAGUUCCAGGAUCAGCUCAUCCCGCUCACCAAGUGGCUCGAGGGAGCCGAGCGGGCCGUCAAGGCGAUGGAGCUGGUGCCGACGGACGAGGAGAAGAUUCAGGCGCGCAUCCGCGAGCACGAAGCGCUGCACGAUGAAAUCCUGUCGAAGAAGCCGGACUUUAGCGAGCUUGCGGACAUUGCCGGGCAGCUGAUGGAGCUCGUCGGCGACGAUGAGGGUGUGACGCUGAGCGAGAAGGUGAAACACACUACCGACCGCUAUACCGAUCUGGUGGUGGCGAGCGAAAACAUUGGCCACGUGCUGAACGAAUCGCGGCAAGGACUGCGCCACCUGGUGCUUACCUACCAGGAUCUGGUGUCGUGGAUGGAGAAGACCGAAGGACGCCUGGCGCGCUUCAAGAUCGUUCCGGUGCACACGGAGAAGCUGCUGGAGCAGAUGGACGUGCUGGUGGUGUUGAACGAGGAGAUUGCUAGCCGCUCACCGAACGUGGAGUCAACGGUCGAGGCCGGCUCGGAGCUGAUGAAGCACAUCUCGUCCGACGAGGCACUCCAACUGAAGGACAAGCUGGACUCGCUGCAGCGGCGCUACGGGGAGCUUGCCACCAAGGGCGGUGAUCUGUUGAAGCACUCCCAAGACGCUCUACCGCUGGUGCAGCAGUUCCACGACAGCCACCAUCGGCUGGUGAACUGGAUGCAGGCCGCCGAAUCGUCCCUAGCCACCGGAGGUGAUGCUAACGAAGCAGACAUCGCGCGCCUCGAGACCGAACUGGUUGAGAUUCGGCCACUGCUCGAGCAAGUCAACUCGAUCGGACCGCAACUGUGCCAGAUCUCACCCGGCGAAGGUGCGUCCACUAUCGAGGGAAUCGUCACGCGGGACAACCGUCGGUUCGAAGCGAUCGUGGAGCAGAUUCAGCGUAAGGCCGAGAGGCUUCACCUCAGCAAGCAGCGUUCGAACGAGGUUACGGCCGACAUUGACGAGCUCCUGGAGUGGUUCCGCGACAUGGACGCCACGCUGCGCGAUGCGGACCCACCGGCCAUGACGCCGAAGCUGGUACGAGCUCAGCUGCAGGAGCACCGUUCGAUCAACGACGACAUCUCAAGCCAGAAGGGACGCGUACGGGACGUGACGGCCGCGGCGAAGAAGGUCCUGCGCGAGUCACAACCCAGCGACAACACGAUCGCACUGCGCGAGAAGCUGGAGGACCUAAAGGAGGUGGUCGAAACGGUGGCCACCCUCUGCUCGAACCGCCUGUCGGUGCUUGAGCAAGCGCUGCCCCUGUCCGAACACUUUGCCGAUUCGCACUCCGGACUGGCGGCGUGGCUCGCGGACAUGGAGCAUCAGAUUUCGAUGCUGUCGAUGCCGGCCCUCCGCCCCGAUCAGAUCGCCAUCCAGCAGGACAAGAACGAGCGGUUGACGCAGUCGAUCGCCGAACACAAGCCACUGCUCGAUAAGCUCAACAAAACGGGCGAGGCGUUGAUUGCCCUGGUGGCGGAAGACGAUGCGGCCAAGAUUGGGGAGAUUCUGGACUCGGACAACGCUCGGUACGCGGCGCUACGCACGGAACUGCGCAACCGCCAGAACGCGCUCGAUCAGGCUCUGCAGGAGUCGAGCCAGUUCUCGGACAAGCUCGAGGGAAUGCUGCGGGCCCUGCAGAACACGGUCGAUCAGGCGAACCAGGCGGAUCCGAUUUCCGCUCACCCGCCCAAGAUCCACGAUCAGAUCGACGAGAACGUGGCGCUGGUGCAGGAUAUCGACAAGCGGGGUGAAGCGUUCGCUGCGGUGCAGCGAGCGGCCAGCGACGUCAUCGCGAAGGCCACCAACCAGUCCGAUCCGGCCGUGCGCGACAUCAAGAAGAAGCUCGACAAGCUGAACGCCCUGUGGGGCGAUCUGCAGAAGACGACAUCGAAGAGAGGCUCGGCACUAAACGAAACCCUCUCGGUGGCGGAUAAGUUCUGGAAGGAGAUGCGCGCCGUGAUGGAGACACUGAAGGAGUUGCAGGAUGCGCUGCAGACCCAGGAACCGCCAGCGGCGCAACCGCAGGCCAUCCAGAAGCAGCAGGUUGCCCUGCAGGAGAUCCGCCAGGAGAUCGAUCAGACCAAGCCGGAGGUGGAGCAGGUACGGCGCACCGGCAGCAACCUGAUGUCGCUGUGCGGUGAACCAGACAAGCCGGAGGUGAAAAAGCACAUCGAGGAUCUGGACCACGCGUGGGACAACAUCACCGCGCUGUACGCGAAGCGCGAAGAGAACCUGAUCGACGCAAUGGAGAAGGCGAUGGAGUUCCACGAGACGCUCCAGAGUCUGCUUCACUUCCUGGCGCGGGCCGAGGAUCGUUUCCAGAAGCUCGGUCCGCUCGGGUCGGACAUCGAGGCGGUCAAGAAGCAGAUCGAGCAGCUGAAGCACUUCAAGGACGACGUCGAUCCGCACAUGGUCGAGGUGGAGGCGCUGAACCGACAAGCAGUGGAGCUGACGGAGCGCACUUCGGCCGAGCAGGCCAGUGCCAUUCGGGAGCCACUGAACGCGGUCAACCGACGGUGGGAGAACCUGCUGCGCGGUAUGGUUGAGCGCCAGAAGCAGCUGGAACACGCGCUGCUACAUCUCGGCCAGUUCCAGCACGCGCUUAACGAGCUCCUGGUGUGGAUCGUCAAGACGGACGCGAACCUGGACGAACUGAAACCGAUCCCGGGUGAUCCGCAGCUGCUGGAGGUGGAGCUGGCCAAGCUGAAGGUGCUGGCCAACGAUAUCCACGCGCACCAGAGCUCGGUCGACACGCUGAACGAUGCCGGUCGCAAGUUGAUCGAAAACGAUCGCGGUUCGCUCGAGGCCUCGACGACGCAGGACAAGCUGCAGCAGCUCAACAAGAAGUGGCGCGAUCUGCUCCAGAAGGCGUCCGACCGCCAGCACGAGCUGGAGGAGGCACUUCGCGAAGCGCAGGGCUUCACGGCCGAGAUCCAGGACCUGCUCGGAUGGCUAGGCGAUGUCGAUGCGGUCAUCGGUGCCAGCAAACCCGUCGGUGGGUUGCCGGAAACGGCUUCCGAGCAGUUGGAACGCUUCAUGGAGGUGUACAACGAGCUGGAGGAGAACCGGGCCAAGGUGGAGACGCUCGUUGCCCAGGGCCAGGAGUACGUGCGGAAGCAAACGCAACUGCAAGUGUCCGCCAGCAACCUGCAGCACACGCUGCGCACCCUGAAACAACGCUGGGAUGCGGUGGUAUCGCGCGCCUCGGACAAGAAGAUCAAACUGGAGAUCGCCCUCAAGGAGGCCACCGAGUUCCACGAUGCGCUGCAAGCGUUCGUCGAGUGGCUGACGCAGGCCGAGAAGCAACUGUCUAGUGCCGCGGCCGUGUCGCGCGUCCUCGAAACCAUCCAGCAGCAGAUGGAGGAGCACAAGGUGCUGCAGAAGGACGUGUCGAUUCACCGCGAGUCGAUGCUGCUGCUCGACAAGAAGGGCACCCAUCUGAAGUACUUCAGCCAGAAGCAGGACGUGAUACUGAUCAAGAACCUGCUCGUCUCGGUGCAGCACCGCUGGGAGCGCGUGGUGGCCAAGGCUGCCGAGCGAACGCGUGCCCUCGACCACGGUUACAAGGAAGCGCGCGAAUUCCACGACGCUUGGGUGCAGCUGACGACGUGGCUGAAGGAAACGGAGCGCACGCUGGACACGCUGGCAGAGGAAUCGAGCAACGACGCGGUCAAGAUCAAGAAGCACCUCGAGAAGCUGCGCGAAAUCCAGCGCAACCUGCAGUCGAAGGAGAGCUUCUACGACAGCACGAUGCGUACGGGCAAGGGGCUGAUGGAUCGUGCCCCGAAAUCCGACGAACCGGUGCUCGCGAAGAUGAUGGGCGAGCUGAAGGACGCGUGGAAGCGUGUCUGCCACAAGAGCGUCGAGCGACAGCGUAAGUUCGAGGAGGCGUUAUUGCUGUCGGGCCAGUUUGCCGACGCACUGCAGGCGCUGCUCGAUUGGCUGCGCAAAACGAAGGCCCGCCUGGCGGAGGACGGUCCGGUGCACGGUGAUCUGGACACGGUCACGACGCUUGUCGAACACCACCGCCAGCUGGAGUCGGAUCUGGACAAGCGGUCCGCGCAGAUGCAGAGCGUCAUGAAGACGGGCCAGGAACUGGAGCGGUCGGAUGAGACGCGCGAAACCAGCCGCAACCUCAAGGAAAUGCAGAAACUGUGGGACGACGUACAGGACCUGAGCGGCCGUCGAAAGAGCCGCCUCGAUGUGGCCCUGAAGGAAGCGGAACGGCUACACAAAUCGGUCCACAUGCUACUGGAGUGGCUCUCGGAGGCCGAGCAGAAGCUUCGAUUCGCCGCCGCCGCACCGGACGAUGAGGCACAGGCGAAGGACCUGCUCGACAUUCACGCCAAGUUCAUGAAGGAGCUGCGCGAGAAGGAGUACGACAAGGAGGACACGAUCGGGUUGGCCAACAGUAUUCUGGGCAAAGCGCAUCCCGAUGCGAUCCCCAUCAUCAAGAACUGGAUCUCUAUAAUCCAGUCGCGCUGGGAUGAAAUUUCCCAGUGGGCCUUCAGCCGCCAGUCGAAGCUCGAGGCGCACCUCAAGGACCUGCAGGAUCUGGACGAAUCGAUCGAGGAACUGCUGGCCUGGUUGGCCGGACUGGAAGCAACGUUGCUGAAUCUUGAAACGGAGUCGCUACCGGAUGAGAUUCCCCCACUGGAGGUGCUCAUUGCGGACCACAAAGAGUUCAUGGAGAACACGGCCCGCCGGCAGGGAGAAGUGGAUCGGGCCUGCAAACCGAGACAGCCACCGCCGGGACUGAAGGAAACUCGCAAACCGUCCCGCGGUGUGCUCAAGACGCCCGUCUUCAAGGGAUCACGCGAUCAUGGUCUGAAUUCGCGUCGUACAAGCCGCGUGAGUCCUGGACGCGAAACGCAAACACCGGAACGGGAUCGGUUGCCACAUUACGGUCCACGGUUUUCGCCAAGCAACCAAGCGGAUACGGAACUACGGUCGCCAAGGGCCAAGCUGCUGUGGGAGAAAUGGCGCUACGUGUGGAUGCUGGCCUGGGAACGGCAGCGCCGUCUGCACGAUCACAUGCUCUACCUGCAGGAUGUGGAGCGCGUCCGGCAGUUCAGUUGGGAGGAAUGGCGAAAGCGAUUCCUUAAGUUCAUGAACCACAAGAAGUCCCGCCUCACCGAUCUGUUCCGCAAGAUGGACAAAGACAACAAUGGUCUCAUACCUCGCGACGUGUUCAUCGAUGGAAUCAUUGGCACAAAGUUCGAUACCUCCAAACUGGAAAUGGGUGCCGUGGCCGAUCUGUUCGAUCGCAACGGCGAAGGGCUGAUCGAUUGGCAAGAGUUUAUCGCCGCCCUGCGACCAGACUGGCAGGACCGUAAGCCGAAAACCGAAGCGGACAAGAUCCACGACGAGGUGAAGCGUUUGGUUAUGCUCUGCACCUGUCGACAGAAGUUCCGUGUGUUCCAGGUCGGCGAAGGAAAGUAUCGGUUUGGUGACUCUCAAAAGCUACGCUUGGUGCGUAUUUUGAGAAGCACCGUCAUGGUGCGCGUCGGAGGUGGAUGGGUGGCUCUUGACGAGUUCUUAGUCAAGAAUGAUCCUUGUCGAGCCAAGGGACGCACAAACAUCGAGCUACGUGAGCAGUUCAUACUGGCCGACGGUGUGUCGCAGUCGAUGGCCGCCUUUAAGCCGCGUAUGUCCGGCUCGGCCGGCUCCGGAUCAAAUCAAACCAGCUCGCCGAUACCAACACAAGGUCCUAUUGUGAAGGUACGGGAGCGUUCGGCAAAAUCUAUUUCCAUGUCGCGUCCGUCGCGUUCAUCGCUGUCAGCCUCGACACCGGACUCACUCAGCGAUAACGAAAGCGGCAUCGGAACUCCGGGACGUUUCCAGACGCCAAGCCGCAAAACUUCAGUGCCAGCUAGUCGACCGCAAAUGACGCCCGGUGGCUCGAGAGCCAACUCCCGGCCCAGUUCGCGACCGGCCAGCCGUACCGGGUCGAAACCACCAUCACGCCACGGGUCGACCCUAUCGCUGGACAGCACCGACGAUGCAACCCCGUCGCGAAUUCCAACCCGCCGCCUAACGCAAACGUCCACCCCACGGCCAUCGCGGUUGUCGGUGGGAUCCGUUUCCGGGCGUCCCGCGACCACAACCGGCACGAACGGGGUCUCGUCCAGGACAGCUUCUGGGGCUGCGUCACCCGCGCCCACGAGGAACGGUGGCAUGAGUCGUUCAUCCAGCAUACCGACACUAAUAGGACUACCAAAUAGCAGGAAAACCAGCGGUGCCUCUACGCCCUCCGGGAUGCAGACACCGCGCCGACCAUCGGUGGAUCCCGGUACGCCCGGUAGCACGACGACGACCACCGCUCGUCCGGAUCGCAACUCACGUGGUUCCACGCCGAGUGAAAAGCGUGCCCCAUUCCGACUGUAAGCUGCUGUUCUGGGAAACUGGAGACGAGGAGCGAUUUGAGUCAGCAUGUAAGAUACCAACAAACACACACAGAGAGACACCGCCAGUGAUAAAUCGGUUGCCGGAAAAUCCGUUUCGCUAUCCACGUCCGUCACGACGCAAAAACACGAAAUCAACACGACAACGACGACGAACCCCGCUCUUGUUUAAGGCUCAAAGAAUCGAGCAAAAUUCAAACACGAAUCCGGAUCGGCCAACCAGAGCGCCGCCACCUUAUGCGUGUCUACAGCAGAGUGAACUGUAGGAACUAAGUCAGAAGAAGACCCCGUCCUGAAGAAGAGCCUUCCAGGAAGGGUUGAUAGCUCGAAAUGAAGAAUGGUUUGUUAGUUUUGCGUUGGCGCCUUUUUUCUCUCUCACUUGCGUUACAUUACAAGGCCCAGUUCAGGUAGGACGCUUAGGACAGUUUGUUUUCUUCGAAAACACUAAUCACCGUUACUAAAGCUUAUUAGUACGCGUUUGUUACCCUGUUUCGAAGCGUGUAGCACAUUAUUAAGAAUUAGACCGAAGCGUUUGAAUAAGAAUUAAAUCCCGAAUUUGAGAUUGCUAAACUUUCAACCUGUUUUGCCCGAGUUUGCUUAUACGCAAGAGGUCUCAACACACACAUGACGUAGUCCUGGAGGACGCCGUGAGCUGUGAGAAAUCGCCAGUUUUCACACGCGCACGCGCAUCCUCCAGGGUUCGGUUCCGAACCGCUCAACUCACCAGCAACACUGGGAACGGAGCGAAUGUUGGCGCCAAGGUGAAACGGACGACCGUUUGUUUUGUCCGACGGUUGGGCUCAACUCCUGCCGGCGGAUGUGGGGAGCGAAAGUUAAUUUUAUUUGACUUAUCGUUAAUUAAUUUCCUUUUUUAUGUUGAACUUUAUGAGUUAAAAUCCCCCGAGAGACGAGGAGAUCAGAUAUUUUGCUUAAACUGUUGAAGAAGCGUACGUUACGGAUAUUUAUUGUAAACUUGUAUUUCGUUUUUUAAUUGGUUUUGAACUCAAAAAAUGAAGAAACUUUUUUCGGGUGUGCAGAUUG